AUGACUGUCGAAAACGAAAAUAACUCUUACGUCUUCCAAGGAUACAUCACUAAAAAGUUACCUCAUGUCAAACGCGGUGAAGGAUGCAGAAUUGUCGUUGAAAAAGAUGGCAAGUUACAUGAAGAUGUCUUCGAUGGCAUCACUGGUGCUGCUGUCGGGGCAUUGGGAUGGGGUGAUGAGGAUAUCCAUGGGAUCAUGACAGAAGCAGCCAAGAAUCACACUUACACUUUCCCAUCUUUAAUCGGUAAUUCACAAUCUGAAGAAUUGGCUAAGUUCUACAUUGAAAACUCUCCAAAGGGCGCCUUUGAAUCCGCUUUGUGGUGUUGCUCUGGUUCUGAAGCUAACGAAAAUGCUAUGAAAAUCAUUAGACAAUACCAAUUGGAGCGUGGCCAACCAAAAAGAACUAAGAUCAUCUCUAGAGAAUCUUCUUACCAUGGCUUCACUUUGGGUGCCUUGUCCAUCUCUUCUAAUCCAAGAGCCGAACAGUUCAAGGAAAUCUUGAUGGACCAAAAAGAAUUAUGCCUAAAGAUGCCUGUAUGCUACCCAUACAGAUUCAUGAAGAAAGGUGAAACCGAAGAAGAAUAUUGUGCCAGAUUGAUUCAUAGCCUGGAACAAUUGAUCUUAGACAACGACCCAGAGACUAUCUCUGUGGUUCUCGUUGAGACAUUGCCAGGUUCCUCCUUAGGUACUACUCCACCACCAAAGGGAUAUCUAUCAGGUAUCCGCCGUAUCUGUAAUAAGUACGACGUUGUGUUCAUGCUCGAUGAAGUCAUGUGUGGUACUGGUAGAAGCAACCCUAACGGUAAGUUGAACUGUUGGGAGAAUUUCUUGACAGCUGAAGAAGCCCCAGAUAUCCAAAGUGUUGGUAAGACCUUGGGUUCCGGAUACGUUACCAUAGCCGGUGUUUUAGUUGGUCCAAAAAUCAAAAAAGCAUACGCCGAAGGUUCGAACUGUAUGAUCGGUUCCCACACUUAUGCAUCUCACGGUUUUAACUGUGCCGUUGCCCUUGGUGUGCAAAAGAAGAUCUUGGAUAACGAUUUAACUAAAAACAUCUUUGAAAAGGGUAACUUGAUGGGUCAGAAAUUGAAGAAAUCUCUGCUAGCUUACGAUAACAUCGUCGGUGAUGUCAGAGGUAUUGGUGGAUUCUGGUCCUUAGAAUUUGUCAAGGACAGAGAAACAAAGGAACCAUUCCCAUACAAGCUUGACGUUGGUCACCGUUUCCAAGAUGUAUGUUUCGAAAAUGGAAUUACUGUCAUGGGUAUGCAAGGAAACAUCGACGGUGUUUCUGGUGAUAUUGCUUUGUUGGCACCAUCAUUCAUCAUCACCGAAGACGAUGUCUCCACCAUUGUGGAAAGAGUUACCAAGUCUGUUGAUGAUAUGACCGUUCUACUAAAGGCUGAAGGCCAUUUCUGA